AUGGCAUUAGCUAGCCCUCUGGACCACUUCAGCCCUCUGGACCCCUCCAGCCUCUCCACCCCCUCUGGACCACUCCAGCCCUCUGGACCACUUCAGCCCUCUGGACCACUUCAGCCCUCUCCAGCCCUCUGGACCACUCCAGCCCUCUGGACCACUUCAGCCCUCUGGACCACUUCAGCCCUCUGGAACCCUCCAGCUCUCUCCAGCCCUCUGGACCUCUCCAGCCCUCUGGACCUCUCCAGCCCUCUGGACCCUGCAGGUUGUGCGUUUGUGAAGUUCUCUACUCACUCUGAAGCUCAGUCUGCCAUCAGCUCCCUGCACGGGAGUCAGACCAUGCCUGGAGCGUCAUCCAGCCUGGUGGUGAAGUUUGCAGACACAGACAAGGAGAGAACCCUACGGCGCAUGCAGCAGAUGGCUGGACAGUUUGGCAUGUUUAACCCCUCUGUCUCUCUACCCACGUUCACUAGCUACAGCAGCUACACACAUGCCUUGAUGCAGCAACAGCAGGCUGCGGUGAUGGCCGUGUCUCAGGGGGGCUACCUGGCCCCCAGCCUCUCCUUCCCCUCCGCCCAGCUCCACCAGGUGGGGGCGCUAACCAUGAAUGGCCUGCCGCCCAACCUCCUCAACUCCGUGUCAGGUCUGAGCUCCCCUCCGUCCACCAUGCCCUCCUCCCUGCCCAGUCUGGUGACCCCCAUGAUGAACGGGUAUACGGGCCUCGCCCCCCAGGCUAACGUGCACCCUCUGGAGACCCUCUACACCAACGGCCUGCCCCCCUACUCCACCCAGAGCCCCACUGCUGCAGACACACUGCAACAAACCUUUACUGGGGUGCAGCAAUACACAGCCAUCUACCCAGCGGCUACACUGACACCUGUAGGUCAGUCUCUGGCACAGCACCCUCAGGUCAUUGGCCAACAACAGAGGGAAGGACCAGAGGGCUGUAAUCUGUUCAUCUACCACCUGCCCCAGGAGUUUGGGGAUAACGAGCUGAUGCAGAUGUUCCUGCCUUUCGGAAAUGUCAUCUCCUCCAAGGUAUUCAUGGACAGAGCCACCAAUCAGAGCAAAUGUUUUGGCUUUGUGAGCUUUGAUAACCCGGGCAGUGCCCAGGCUGCCAUCCAGGCCAUGAAUGGUUUCCAGAUCGGCAUGAAGAGACUAAAGGUGCAGCUGAAACGUCCCAAAGACGCCAGCCGUCCCUACUGA